CUAGGAUGGAAGGAGUGAGCUAUUCUCGGGUAGGGAGCACACCCUAUCCAAUGCCACCCGGUAACCAAUUCAAUGUGGCUCUUGGAAACAUUACCGAUGGCAAUGUGACCUAUAGUAAUAUCCCACCGCUUGGGUUCCAAGAAUACUUCGAAAUCUUUGUCCUGGUGGUGAUAGGUAUCUGCGGUGUGGUCGGCAACGGGACAUUGAUCUAUAGUGUGCUGAUGAACAAGGACAUGCGGAGUGUUCCCAAUGUCCUCAUAGCCAAUGUUGCCGUGGGAGAUCUCCUAGUGCUGUCUUUCUCGGUUCCUUUGACCAUCCUGUCGUACAUCCAGGACGAUUUCCCUCUAGGACUCACCAUGUGCAAGGUUACGGCGUUCAUCCCGGUUGUUUCGGAAGGUGUCUCUGUGUUCACUUUCACAGCACUCAGCUUCGACCGUUACAACGCCAUCGUCCGGCCCAUACAGAGGCGGCGCAGCCCAGUGGUCCGUCGCACCUGCGUGGUGGCGGUCUGUAUCUGGGUGGUAGCCAUAUGCCUUGGGAUACCCUCCAUGUUUCUUGCCUACCUCAAUUACGAGAUGGACCCUUAUGUGCUCUGCUUUAUCCUGCCGCACUUCACCCUCCAAGCUCGAAUCCAUGAGGUCGCCCGAUGCCUUGUCAUGUACGUUAUCCCACUCACUAUCAUCACGUGUUAUUACUGCCUCAUCGCAAUCCAGCUCUUUCAAAGUUCCCGAGACAUGCCUGGCGAAGGUCAUCAAGAAAGUAAGCAAGCAAGAGCUAGGAGACGUCUCGCCAAGGCUGUCCUUGUAUUGGUCUUUAUCUUCGGCAUCUGUUGGUUCCCGCACUUCAUGAGGAGGUAAGAGCGAAUAAGAUUCCUAUAAGAUUCUUUACAAUUAGUCUCAGUCAAUGAGCGUUGGCGGACAUCAGGGUUCCGUAACCAUGGUAACCAGUUGUAACAUAAAUGUUUACAAUGAAAAAAAAUAAAACAAUUCUGCAUGGUUUCUUUUCCUAAAAUCCAGACAAAAUAGUGAUCUUAAUAGUUGACCUUUGCCAAUUGCGCUUUAUUGCAAGUUCAUAGUAUAACAAUAUGCUGGUCGCAAUUAUGCAAUAAUCAAUUUUCGCAUGAUACCAUAAGAUUUAACAGAUCAACCAUCACAUCUGGCUCUAUUCUAAAAGUCGACCGUACCUCCUUCGUUAAGAUAAUAUUCAACAGUUAUCAUUGUUAUAUGAAAAGAUGACUGGUCAAUGGUACUUACUAAUGACCGGUAAAAGUUAUGUAAAAUCAUACAGUCAGCUGGCACCACUCAACAAUGCGUGUAUAGUGGCGAUUAAAAGGGGUCGUUAUGGCUUGUUGUCUCAUGAAUGAAGGUAUGUAAGAGAAUACAAUGCCAGCAAGGCAAAUUCGAUAAAGUGAUAUUGAUAUCAAACGGGUUUAUUUUGGUCGACAUAAGUGUUUAAAGCGUUAUAUACCCGGCAUCUCUAUUGCCCGGAUAGCAGCUUGCGUCGAUCUGCGACUCAUGCACAUUUUCAAUUCCUUGGGGGAAUAGAGUCAAUUACCUCAAUUUGAACUUUUAUAAUUCCGAUCCAGUAAUGCAUGUAUUAUGUCAUCUUAUGCUAGAAACUUCUCGUGCGGAAGUUCAAUCAAACAUUGAAAAAGAUUUAUCGACAAUACACUUAAUUGAUCAGAAAUAACCUUUCCAUUGUUCAUUGCAUUUAUUUCGAAAUGAAUUGAAACACCCCACCCCCUCCCUUGAACAACAUUAAAUGUAUGAAGGUAGGUUCUUUCAUCCCAUCUAUUUCUCUCUUCGAAAAGUUAUCUUCGGUCGACAGCAAUAAUCACCCCCUUAUCGUUAUCGUCUAUAAUUAUGUCGACACGAUUAAAUAUGUAAUUGAGAGUGUCAUUCUCGUAAUGACAUAUCGUUACCCGCGCUAUAUUGGUCCUAAUAAUUUGUUGUCUUCGUAUCUUCAGUUGAAAUAAUUAUCUACUUAACUCAAAGUGACAUCUGUAACGAAUGUUGUGAUUUUUCUUGACAAGCGAACGCUAUUUAUAUUUGAACACCCCCCCCCCUCCCGUACAGCUUGAUAAAAAGUAAUUCUAAGUACUUCACUUUUACUGUAUACUCCGUCGUUAACACGUUCCAAGCGAAGGACGUUUCAAGCAGA